GCGCCGAGCGAGCCGGCCCGAGCGGGGCGCGCGCAGCCAUGGCGGAAGCGGAAGGGAGUUCUCCGCUCCUGUUACCGCUGCCGGCACUCCCGCCCGGGAUGGCGGAAGUGGAGGCGCCGACGACGGCGGCCGAGACGGACAUGAAGCAAUUUCGCGCUUCUGGUGGUGGUGCCAUGGAUGUGGAGCGGAGCCGUUUCCCCUACUGUGUGGUGUGGACGCCGAUCCCGGUGCUUACGUGGUUUUUCCCCAUCAUUGGCCACAUGGGCAUCUGCACAUCCACAGGAGUUAUCCGGGACUUUGCUGGCCCCUACUUUGUCUCGGAAGACAACAUGGCAUUUGGGAAGCCUGCAAAGUACUGGAAGCUGGACCCUGCUCAGAUGUAUGCUAACGGGCCCAAUGCGUGGGACACAGCUGUGCAUGACGCCUCUGAGGAGUACAAGCACCGCAUGCACAAUCUCUGCUGCGACAACUGCCACUCACAUGUGGCGCUGGCUCUGAACCUGAUGCGCUAUAACAACAGCACCAACUGGAACAUGGUGACACUCUGCUUCUUCUGCCUGCUGUAUGGGAAGUACGUCAGUGUCGGGGCCUUCGUGAAGACCUGGCUGCCCUUUAUCCUUCUCCUGGGCAUCAUCCUAACCGUCAGCCUGGCCUUUAACCUGCGGUGAUGGCUGCCCAGUGCUCUCAGACCCACCAGCUCCUGAGGAGGCAGCUAUUAUCAUCCCUUUUAGUUCAAGAAUCUUUCUCCUCGACCCCAAAAGCAGAGAUGAGCCUUCUGGUUUUGACUGGGAUUCUGGGCUGGGUGGGGUGGGAGG